AUGUGCAGACUAUGUUAUUGGAAAUUCCAACCCGACAGCGACAGUGGUCGAAUAGGCAUAUUCAGCAGCGAAAUCCACCCUUGUAUAACUAGAUGUAUAAUCGGCCAUCUCAGAAUCAUUUUGGUUGGCAUAGUCGUGAUCUGGACACUUCUGUGUCUAUACUACAGCUCCGUGUAUAAGUGCAGUACAUUUGCACACAACGUGGUCGUGCAGAUAGUCGAUCUAGAUGGCGGUCCAGUCGGCGCCAAUAUAACACAGAUGGUAUUGGAUACCCCUACAAAGGAUUCACUUCCAAUCUGGUCUCGUGUGGAUGGCUUGGGCUCUUCUGAAAGCGUCGAGACAUGGAUUCGGGACAGCGCAUGGAGCGCACUUGUCAUCAACCCUGCAUUGAGUGACAGCCUGAGCAACACACUACAUAACGGCUCCUCCUACAACUCCUCACAGGCGCUGACUGUUAUUGAGUCCAGUGAUCGACACCCAACUGGAGAAAUGAUGUUCAUCAAAACCGCCAUGAGGAACGCUAUCUCUACAGUUUUAUAUCAGUACUCGUUCAAGAUAGUUCAAGCAUUCCAGUUGCACAGAAUGGACGCCAGUAGAUCAGAUGGAGCACAAACAACCCCUGUAGCAUUGCUUCAGCCGAUCGGAUAUACAACAGUUGAUGAGUCUCUAGAUACUUCCAGCAAUGCACGGCUUGUAUUUUUAUCUGGCUGCCUCUGCAUGAUGGUGUGCUCGCUGUCAAAAAUGCUCAUAUGGAGGACUGCAUCAUACCCGCUGUUUACCAAAGUUCGAUUCAGAGACUUAGCCAUUAUGUGA